GUUGCGCAACCUUCCCAGUAGUUGAAUGACCACAUGAACACCAAGGCCGAUGGCAUGUGACUCUCGUGAGACUGUUGUAAUCGAGACGCAGCACACAUGGCCGCUGAGAGAAGGGUCUGAAACUUGGAUAGCCGACAACAGCAAUGGCAGCUACUGAAGCCUUCGUCACUAUGGCGACCACAGAUGAAUACUGCAAGGGAGCCAUGGCAGUAGCUGCAAGUUUACGGCGGCAUGGGACAACUCGCGACAUCGUUGUCAUGGUGACAGUGGGCAUUUCAGAACAGUCAAGAAAAGGUCUGGAGAAGCUGUUUGAUGAGGUCAUCACGGUGGAACUGAUGGACAGUGAGGACCACGUCCGCCUGGCUGUGCUGGGACGUCCGGAGCUGGGGAUCACGUUCACCAAGAUCCACUGCUGGACUCUGACACAGUUCAGUAAAUGUGUCUUCCUGGACGCCGACACUCUGGUGCUGUGUAACAUAGACGAGCUGUUUGAACGAGAUGAACUCUCAGCUGCUCCUGAUCCCGGCUGGCCCGACUGUUUCAACUCCGGAGUGUUUGUGUUUAAACCCUCUCUCCAAACUCAUGCAAGGCUGCUGGACCACGCGCGGAGGCUGGGCAGCUUCGACGGGGGAGACCAGGGUCUGCUCAACUCCUUCUUCAGUGGCUGGCCAGUGGAGGACAUCAGGAAACACCUGCCUUUCAUCUACAACCUGAGCACCAGCUCCGUCUACAGCUAUGCCCCUGCUUUCCAACAAUUUGGCCACGAAGCAAAGAUCGUCCACUUCCUGGGACCGGACAAACCUUGGAGGUCCAGCGGACCAGAUGCUCGUGGCGUUUCGUAUUUGUGUGAAGACUUUUUCUCCCAGUGGUGGAAAGAAUACGUCAGCGCUUCAUCAUCAUCCUCCUCCUCCUCCCGGCAGUGCCAGCAGACACAAAUCCAAGGACCAGCGGCUGACACGCCGUUUAGUCGACACUUUGACAGCUCCAACUCACUGCUCCCACACUUUCCUUCCACCUCUGAGCCGACUCACGCCGCACCUUUGACGGCCUCAAAUGAAAGUGAUAUCUGUGGAGUCAUGGCGCACACAGAAGUACAGCCUGGGAAGUGGAUGAUUCCACAUGUAGAAAACACACCAGAGGAGAUGACGGUGAUGGGGGAAAUACCUGCAAGCACAGGAAUCUUGGAAAUGGACGAGGCUGAGAGCACUGCCGACCACAGUGAAGCACCUGCUGCUGACCGUGAGAACGAGGAGCUAGAGCAUCGCAGGAUGUGGGAGGAAGGACGGGCCGACUAUUUAGGCAGAGAUGCUUUCAGGAAUAUUCAGAAGCUGCUGGAUUCCUUCCUGGAUGAACGCAUCUCUGAGACUGAGCCUGAGCAGUGAGAAGAACUUAAUCCAUCAUCAAACAUUGCUUUUAUUCGUGAUAGUGGAAGAUAAAGAAGUGUUGAAUCUCAUUUCAAUGGUGUUGGAUGAAGAGAACGAGAGGGAGGAUUUUGUUUUGUUUGUUUGGUUUUGUAUCUUGUGUAAAAUAAACAUGUCUGUGUGCUGGAAUUAUGGGGUAAAACUACUCUGUUAAACACACGUUCUUAUUAAGUGAUUCGCAAAUGAAGCAUUUUCUUCAUUUUAACAGCCCAGAUGGUGACUAUUAUGCGUUUGAAAUCCAACACUGCUGAGUAAAUAUGAGUCCAUCCAUUAAAGAAAGUCCAUCACGACGACAUCUUCUUUCAAAAUAUCCAAGCUUUACUGUUCGUGUUGUCAAACCGAACAGGUUCAAUAAUCACGUUGUCUGGAGGCAACAAUCAAGUUGAACCAUCAAAGUUUAAUACAGCUGAGGA